CACCUCCGGGGCAGCCCCAGCGCGGCGGCGGAGGCGCCGCUGGAAGCGGCAGCGCCGUGUCCGUGUCCGUGCCCGCCGCGCCCGGCGGGUCGGGUGUGCUGCGGGGCAGCGCAGGCCGAGUCUAAUGGGAAAUGGAAAUCUGGCUCGAAGUCAUCCUUCCUGUUGUUGACAUCACCUGAAAACUCCACUGGAAAUAUUUCCACUAGUGUACUGCAAACAUCAGCCGUCCCUGAGGUCUCAACGCCUUGAGCAGUGUACCAUACCAUGGUACAGAGACUCACCGUUGCUGUCAGCACUGGAAAAGACUGAAGCUGGAAUCCCUCUUGUCCUUCACCAGAGGUUGCCUUGCAAGACACAGCUGUGAAAUGUUCAUCAGAAAAAACUGAAUGGUAGAUCCUUAAGAGUCCAGAGGAUGGCAUAGCAAUAACGUCACUGCCCAGGGAGCUGGAGUCCUUCCUCGCCUGUUUGCCUGCUGCUUGAACUGAUCCCAAGCCUUUGUUUUUGGACUGAAGAAACCUGAAAACCUUUCUCUCCUAAUUCAUGAGCCAGCAGGAUGUGGUCGCCGUGCUUUCAGAACGCCUGCUUGUAGCCGCCUACAAAGGCCAAGUGGAGAAUGUGGUGCAGCUUAUCAACAGGGGUGCCAAGGUAGCGGUUACCAAGCAUGGCCGGACCCCCCUGCAUCUUGCUGCCCACAAGGGUCAUCUCCACGUUGUCCAGAUUUUGUUGAAGGCAGGUUGUGACCUGGAUAUUCAGGAUGAUGGUGAUCAGACGGCAUUGCACCGAGCUGCUGUGGUAGGGAACACCGAUAUCAUAGCAACUCUGAUUCAGGAGGGGUGUGCUUUGGACAGGCAAGACAAGGAUGGGAACACUGCUCUUCACGAAGCUUGUUGGCAUGGAUUCAGUCAGUCUGCCAAAGUGCUUGUUAAAGCAGGAGCCAACGUUCUUGCCAAGAACAAGGCAGGUAACACACCUCUUCACCUGGCUUGCCAGAAUAGCCAUUCUCAGAGUACUCGCGUUUUGUUACUUGGAGGAUCUCGAGCAGACCUCAAAAAUAAUGCAGGAGAUACCUGUCUGCAUGUGGCUGCUCGUUAUAAUCACUUGCCCAUCAUUAGGGUGCUGCUCAGUGCUUUCUGUUCUGUCCAUGAAAAGAACCAGGCAGGGGAUACAGCACUCCAUGUAGCUGCUGCUCUGAAUCACAAGAAGGUGGUGAAGCUGUUGCUGGAGGCAGGGGCCGACGCAUCCGUUGUCAACAAUGCAGGUCAGACCCCUCUAGAGGUUGCUAGACAGCACAAUAACCCCGAGGUUGCACUCCUCCUCACUAAAGCAUCACAGGUCUCGCGUUUUAACCGUGGGAGAAGCCUGAGGAAGAAGAGAGAGAGACUGAAAGAGGAAAGGCGAGCUCAGUCGGUGCCACGGGAUGAAGUGGUACAGAGCAAGGGCAGCGUCUCAGCUGCUGACACACCGAGCAGCGACCAGCCCCCGCAGAGGAAGAACAAUCUGAAGGAUGAACCCCGGUCAACCUCACCAGAUCCCAAAGGGAAGAAGAGCAAAAAGAAAAAGCCAAAGGAAAAGGUUUCCGCACUCUCGGACCCAAUCUGCCCAGCUGAUCAGCAGACACUCCCUCAGCCCCAGCAAAACGUGCCUAAGCGCAGAAGCAAACAUCACUGCUCCUCCCCACCCCCACCCCACGAGGUCCGAGCCUACCAGCUCUACACACUGUACCGAGGAAAGGAUGGGAAGGUGAUGCAGGCACCGAUAAAUGGAUGUCGUUGUGAGCCCCUGAUAAAUAAACUGGAGAAUCAGCUGGAGGCAACAGUGGAAGAGAUAAAAGCUGAGUUUGGGACAGUACAAGAUAAGAUGAAUAUUAAGCUGGGCCAGAUGGAAAGCAAAACUCAACAUCAACUCCGUGUUUUAGACAAGCUUAUGGCUGAGCGGCUGUCCGCAGAGAGAACAGAGUGCCUUCACCGCCUGCAACAGCACACUGAGCUGGAAAAGAAUGAGGGGGAGAAGCGGCAGAUUUCUUUGGUCGAUGAGCUGAAGACUUGGUGCUUGUUGAAGAUUCAGAAUCUGGAGCUCAAACUUUCUGGAGAUUCCAGGUCAUCAAGACCAAAAUCAACUUUGUCCACUUGUGAGUCUCUCACCGAGACCCUGGAUACAGACAACCACCCCCACAGUGCCAAGGACUGUAAAGCCAACCAGCCUGUGCUGCAGUCAGAGGCCUCCCACCAGCAUUCCUGUAUCACACUUCCCAAUAGCCUCUUGGAAGAUGGGGGAAGGAGCAGAGUCCAGAUGCCAGAGCAGAGCUUUGGGAAACACUUUUGCGUUAAACAAGACGGUGCAUCAGGUACAGCCAUGCCAGGUACAGAGCAACAGUCAGUGGCUGGUGGACCAGUUUCUUCCUCUGCCCCUGCUCAAGAUGUCAGGCCAAAGGACAAAGCUGUUAGUGCCAGCACGUUCCAAAAGUUCCAGCAGGAGCUGCCCUCCUCCGAACUUCUGGGCUCCAAAUUAAGACAUGUUAAGGUUCAAGCUGCUUUGCAGCCAUUGACUGAACCUGCAAAGACCGAACCACAGGGCGGAUACUUCAUCGACAAAGGAACUCAGACAAAAAAGUCCAGCAGAAGUGGGCAGUCGAGGCACAAAGCUCUGCACCACGCCGGGGCACACCAGAGCCAGGAGCAGCAGCCCUGCCCCCCGCCUGCAGGACAGCCCCCUGCCCCUCCCCUCAGAGACACCUCCCAGGCCCUGGAGAUAACACAGUACUUCUUCGAGGCUGUUUCCACACAGAUGGAGAAGUGGUAUGAGCGGAAGAUAGAAGAAGCCCAGUGCCAAGCAAACCAGAGAGCGCAACAGGACAAAGCUGCGCUCAAGGAGCACAUUAAAUGCUUAGAAGAGGAGCUCAGCAAGUUAAGGACUAAGGUGCAGAAGGACAGCUAGCAACUGCCGAGCAGGCAGUCAGGCAACAGGACUCAUCUCGGAACCUUCUGUAUGGGAAUCUGGAAUAUUGAUAGAUAUUUGUAGUGCCUGUUAUAUCCAAACAAAACACUCUUUUUCAGGAGUAGGAAUAACUCUGGAAACUCCAUAACUGAGGAGGAUUCAUAUGCAGACUAUACUGAUAACAAUGAGAUGCUGCAGAUUAGAUCCUUUCUUUGUUAUUUCCAAGAGCCUGUUAAUAUUGCACUCCCAGUUUCCAGAUGCUGCUUGAAAACACAUGCAUUAGCAACCAAAACUGCUUUCUGAAAAGGGAAUUCCCUUAUUUCCACAUAGGUCAUGUGUGGCUAGAGGGUUCCACUGUAUGCUACAUGUAAACAUGUGGUGAUACCAGUACUGAAAUAAAUCCAGGAUGUUUGAGAGUUUUUGACAGAAUUCCUUAGUGAGGAAGGGCUAUUGAUCCUAUUUUAGAUACUCCCCAGGGCCUGUCUCUAGUCAGUGAAGAAAAGCUACAGAACCCACUCCAAUUACAAGCCCAGGUAGGUGACAGAUGCAGGCUUUCAGCUGGAAGAGGGCAGGCAACCACGGAUAGAGAUGCUUUACUCUUGGUUUUACGUUAUUAAAAUGAAUGCUAUAUCAGAUUUGUCUUUUUUUUAGUGGUGUCCUGGUUGCAGAGCUCCUUGUGGUUACACAAUUGUUGGGGCUGUGAUCUGACAGAGAAGUUUUGUUUAAGGCACGGAUAGCAAAUAUUUUACUGUAACCAUGGUCUACUUGUUAGGUAUAAGUUUUAUAUGAAUCUCUUUUCCUUCAAGCAGCACAUGGCUGAAUUCUCUACUGUUGAAGAAGCUUGAAAAAGUCUUUUAUUUAAAGAAGUGAAAGCUUGGUUCCUUGUACUCCAGUAUUUCUUUUUCUGCAGUCUGAAUUUUCUCCCACUUUGUCCAGACUGUCUACCUUUGUUCUUCUGAAUGACUCCUCUGUUUUUUUUCCUUUAUCUCUACAAAGGAGACCAGGCCCCGAUGAGUUUGCAGGUCUUAGGACAAAAUCCCACAAAACAGAUAAAAGCUUGAAAAUGUUGUUAAGUUCUAUACGUUUUGAUAUACAAUCAAAACUUACAUUGACCAGAUGUUGUCCAUGCUGACAGAUUCCAAAUGAUCUAGAGGCACUGUAACUCAUUGUCUCUGCACCCUUUUAGGGUUUCCUCCUUAUACCUCUGAGAAGGCUCCAUCAGAUUCUGUUACAAAAGUAAGUUUACUUACCAGAUCAUGAUUGAACCGAUUCUGAAGAAUUGUUCUAGCACAGUAUGGUACUGUUAUGCCAAGGAAAAAAUAGUUUUGUACUGGGGAGCCCUAAAAUCAAUACAAAAUACUUUAUACAGCAUUGAAGACACCACUGACUAAUUAGUAAUUAAGCUUUUGUCUUCUUAGCAGAUGUAUAAAGAAAGUUGUAUCAUAUAACAAUAUUUUUUAAAGUUCCUAUUAAUGCACUAUCAAGACAAAUGUAUCUGCAGCUAUGGAAAUAACUAGUUUUGUUGCUCUGACUUCUGUAGUCUAAUAUAGACACUUCCUUAUGUUUACAGUUUUGUUUAAGCUACUGUAGGAAUGCAGAAGCAUGCUACUGAAGUUUUGUAUCACCUGAAUAAUGUUUUGCCAAGCAAUUAAAGUUGAGUGUUGCUCAGA